AUGUACGAAGGGAUUGACAACCUGAAAUCCUUUUACGACCGUUCCGGGAAGACUUUCUCCGGCGGUCCUUCUGCGGCACAUGAUGUGCCGCGUCGUACUGCUCAACCAGACCCAGUACGUCAAUCAUCAGCUGGGAGCGGGGCUCCCAAGUGUCCCAGGACGGGGGAUAACCGCGCCACCGGACGAGGUAACUCGUCCGACGAGGAGGGAAAACGCUCUCCAAACUAUCGUGGGGGAGCGUGUGUCCCCGAGAGCCUCUUUGACCGCGUCACUCUUGCGUUGCGCGGCGACCUCGAACAUGAGCGGGACAGGCGUCUCCAACUGGCGGACACUGUCUCGAAGCAUCAAGCUGAGUUUGCCUUUGCUCAGCUUGAGAACGAGAGAGCUUUGACAUCUCUGCGUGACGAGCUAAGGGUAGCUUGUGUGGAUAAUGACCGGUCUCGGGCUGAGAUAACUGCUCUUUAG